GCUGGUAAGAAAUCAACACCAAAUAUAUUAUUGAUGAGUCCAUUUCAUUGUCUGUUGCUCCGAUUUGGUAGAAACAGAGUGAACUCAUUUCAUCUGAGUCAUAGUUUAGCCACUGCUACUAAUAUUCUCGACAGCAAUGACAAGAUAAUAGCGACCCGAAUAUCAAAUUGCAACAAUCUACACCAUCUUGACCAAAUUUACGCCCAGGUAAUCCGAAAUCACUUCUUGGAGUUGUACCCUGUACAAUUCCACUGGAACAACAUUAUUAGAUCAUAUACUAGGCUCAACUCCCCUAGCAACGCUCUACAUGUAUACAUCACUAUGUCAAGAACUGGUGUUCGCCCAGAUACUUUCACGUUACCCAUUGUUUUAAAGGCGAUUUGUCAGGUUCUGAAUUAUGUUGUGGCAAGGCAGCUCCAUGGGAUUGCAAUAAAGCUCGGAUUAGAAACUAAUAUGUAUUGUGAGAGUGGGUUUAUUAGCUUGUACGCUAAAGCUGGUGAAUUUGAGAAUGCACGGAAGGUGUUUGAACAAAAUAGUGAAAGAAAGUUGGGGUCUUGGAAUGCUAUUAUAGCGGGGUUGUCACAAGGUGGGCGUGCUAAAGAAGCCAUAGAAAUGUUCUUGGAGUUGAGAGAGAGUGGGUUGCAGCCAGAUGAUGUGACUAUGGUUAGUGUGACAUCUGCUUGUGGUAGUCUUGGAGACUUGGAUUUGGCUUCUCAAUUGCAUAAAUGUGUCUUUCAAGCGAAAGAAAUGGAAAGGUCUGAUCUUUUGAUGAUGAAUUCUCUUAUUGAUAUGUACGGUAAAUGUGGGAAGAUGGAUCUUGCUUAUAGGGUGUUUUCAAGGAUGAACGAAAGAAAUGUAUCCUCGUGGACUUCUAUGAUUGUUGGAUAUGCAAUGCAUGGGUAUGUUAGAGAUGCGGUUGAAUGCUUCCAUUGCAUGAGAGAGGCAGGUGUUAGGCCUAACCAUGUGACAUUUAUUGGGGUGUUGAGCGCUUGUGUACAUGGUGGGAUGGUGAAAGAAGGAAAGUAUUAUUUCAACAUGAUGAAGAAUGAAUAUGGUAUUGCACCCAUGUUGCAGCAUUACGGGUGCAUGGUGGAUUUGCUUGGCAGGGCUGGGUUGUUCGAGGAGGCAAGGGGGACGAUUGAAGGGAUGUCGAUGAAACCGAAUGUUGUGAUCUGGGGGUGCCUAAUGGGGGCUUGUGAGAAGCAUGGGCAUGUGAAAAUGGGAGAAUGGGUGGCUAAGCACCUGCAACAGUUGGAACCGUGGAACGAUGGAGUGUAUGUGGUAUUGUCCAACAUUUAUGCCAGUAAUGACAUGUGGGAAGAGGUAAGGAGGAUUAGAGCAAUCAUGAAGGAGCGAAAACUUGCCAAGAUUCCUGCUUAUAGUUUGUCAACAAGUUCAUAGUGAGAGCUGAAGGUGGACCUGCGAAGGAUAAAUGAUCAGAAACAUUGCUCUCUCUAAUAGAAGUGAGUGCACAAGAUGGUUGUCAUAUGCUGCACCUCACAAAAGUGGUUCAUAUAGGAGCA